AUCCAAUACCACCCCAUAACCGAAUCCAACAUCACCCGCCUCCGCCAACUCAACUCUCUCCUCUUCCCCGUCCGCUACAACGACAAAUUCUACCGCGACGUCCUUCACGUCCACCCAGCCGACCUCAGCUGCCUCGCCUUCCUCGAGCGGCUGCCCAUCGGCGCCAUCUCCUGCCGCAAGGAGCCGCUGUACCCCGCCACCGACCCGCGGCACGACCCCAGGCAUUGUCGGGUGUAUAUCAUGACGUUGGGGGUGUUGUCGCCGUAUCGGCGGUUGAGGGUUGGGUCGGCGUUGUUGGGGAGGGUGGAGGAAGCCGCGGGGAAGGAUGCCGGGGUGGUGGAGUUGGCGCUGCAUGUGCAGACGAGUAAUACGCAGGCGUUGAGGUUUUAUGAGCGGCAUGGGUUUGUAAAGGCGACGAUGGUCAAGGACUAUUAUAUUAAGAACAAUGUGCAGCCCCCGGAUGCGUGGGUGCUUAGGAAGAGUGUG